AUGAAAAUCAUAAAAGCUUUGUGAGGCCACUAUCUUUUUGCGGUUUUUCCUUUCUCUGAACCAGACAUUGGAACUUCACCAUGAAGUAGUAUAUGGGGUUACAAGUUUGGUCCAACAAGCUUUGACUUUAACAUUGAUUUGCUCUCAAAAUUAAAAUCUCUCUCGGGGUUAUUGCGUGCUGUGGAAAUAUAUAACGUACAAGCUUCCUGCUUGGUUUUGUCUCUUUCUUUUUCUCUCACAUAAGGCGAUUGGCUCAACGAUGCUAUCCACACCAAAACCCAGGAAAAUUUAUUGGUAAUAUUGAAUAUGAUGAAACUAGCAGUUAUGCUCAAUUUUGAACGGCUUUCAAGUAAGGAAGAUUCGAAAAUUCUCACAAGGCACAUCUAUUCCAUCUUCUUGUGAUUUAUAUGGCAUGCAUGGACUAGAUUGUUUUGUUUGUGAGCUAUGGAUAUUGAGAACCAGAAGUCGAAAACUCGGAAGCUUGGCAAAUGGUUUAAGAGGAAGAAAAAAAGAGCCGACCCAUUUCAUCUGAGUGAAGAUUCAGUUGAGGAUGAGAAUGAUGAUUACCUGGACAAUGUUCUCCUUCGGUCAAGGGAAAUGGAUCCAACCAUUUCAAUCAAUGAAUUAAGAAUCUUUGUGGGUACAUGGAAUGUUGCUGGAAGAUCUCCUGUGGGUAGUCUAGCUGUAGAUUUGGAUGAAUGGUUGAAUCUCAAAGAUGCUGCGGACAUGUACGUUCUUGGAUUUCAAGAGAUUGUACCAUUAAAGACCCUAAAUGUAAUAGGAGCCGAAGAUCCAACUGAAGCUACGAAUUGGAACAUGCUUAUAGGAAAAACUCUCAAUAACAAAUAUGGAUGCCCUUGGUUGACACCGAUGUUGAAUAUAAUCUCAAGUGACAAUUACCACUACGCAGGGAGUCCCAAUUGGAAAAAGAGGAGCAGUGUUGGCGGCCGAAUUGGGACUCCAACAAGAGAGAGAUCAAGGAAUCAAAGUGAAAAGCUAAGCGGGAACAGCAAGUACAAGCUAAUGGCAAGCAAGAAGAUGGUUGGGGUCUUUGUAAGCGUGUGGAUGAAGAGGGAGUUGCUUAGGAAGUUUUGCGUUUCGAAUGUGAAAGUUUGUUCAGUGGCUUGUGGAAUCAUGGGUUAUUUGGGAAACAAAGGUGCGGUUUCUGUUAGCAUGUCAAUUGAAGGAACUAGUUUUUGCUUCAUUGCUGCUCACUUGGCUUCUGGUGAGAAAAAGGGUGAUGAAAUCAGAAGGAAUCGCCAAGUCUGGGAGAUUUUCAGGCGAACAUCUUUCCCUCAAGCAGCUAAAACUGAUAAUAGUUCACCCCCUCUCAAUAUCUUGGGACAUGACCAGAUAUUCUGGUUCGGGGAUCUCAACUAUAGACUAUGCUUGGAGGACAGUUUUGCAAGGCAGCUGAUAAAGAAGCAAGACUGGAAAGCAUUGCAAGAGUUUGAUCAACUUCGGAGGGAACAAAAAGAUGCAAGAGUAUUUCAGGGUUGGCAGGAGGGAGAUAUAGAUUUUGCACCUACUUACAAGUAUUCUUCCUCAAAUCACAACCGGUACUCAGGUGGCCUUCCAAGCAAAGCAGGAGAGAAGCAAAGGACUCCAGCAUGGUGUGAUAGAAUUCUAUGGUAUGGGAGAGGGAUAAAGCAAAUAUCCUAUUUUCGUAGUGAAAGCAAGUUCUCCGACCAUCGACCCGUUUCUGGCCUAUUCUCUACAAAGGUCAAGAUGUUAAGUCUACCAGUCCAGGAGUUGUUGCACUGCACACCAUUUUUCCCACCAUAAGACCCCCCAAACUAACUGAGCUGUCUCAUGAUGAAGUGACGAAAUCAACAUUCCUAUUGUUGAUUGUAAAUGAUACUGAACCAUCGUCAAUACAAGUGCAUAAAUGUAAAUGCAACGGAUGAGAAUGGAUACAGCUGGUCCAUGUAGCUGCAGGCUGGCUCCGUGAGAUAUGUCGUUGUCUCAUAGUUCUAAUUUUCUCGGUUUUCUUUGGGAUUAUUAUUUGUUCGAAAUGAAAAUUAGAUCUGAUAGACAAAAAGUAAAGCAUUCUGAUAUAUUUAUUUAUUAUUUUUUUUUGGGGGGGUGGGUUAGGAGGGAAGGAAAUAUUAACUUAGCAGGGAAUUAUCUAGCAAAACAAAGGUAUGAGGGAGUGAAAAUUAGGAUUCUUUGAAGUGUUUAUGGAAAUAAGCUUGAUAGAAUUUGAAUGAAGCUUUGAAACAUAGAGCAUUUCCAAACAA